UAAUAAUAAGUCUGUUUAUUAUUAUCAUUAUUUCUUUAAUUUGUAUGGCGAAUCCUUGUUUGUUUUGUUUAUGGUUAAUGAUGCUAAGGUUUGUGAUAGUUGAGGUGCAGGGUGAUAAUGGAAGUGUGGGGUGUGAGGAAGAAGAAAGAAGAGCGCUUUUGAGACUAAGAGACGAUGUGUUUAACUAUCCAAACGGAACAAUCGCUCUUCCUUCUUGGGGUGAUGAAGCAGAAAAGGAUUGCUGCAUGUGGGAAAGGGUUAAGUGUGACCAAUCCAAUCACCAUGUCACCCAACUCUCCCUUGCCGAGAUUAGGCUAUGGAGUUCUGAUCUUAUUUUCCUAAAUACUUCACUGUUUCUUCCAUUCAGAGAACUACAGAAUCUGAGAUUAGAUUCAAACAGAAUACGAGGAUUCCAUGGAGUACUAAAUUUAAGCAAGUUGCAGGUUUUGGAUUUAAGUGGCAAUUGGUUUGAUGAAAUUCCAAGUUUAGGUUUACUGCGCUCACUUAGGAUCCUUAAUAUGGAUGGCAACGAGAUCAAUACUUGGUCUCACUUUGAAGAGCUAACAACUUUGAAACAUCUGGAGCUGCUCAAUUUUGCUUUUAAUGGUCUCAGGGGAAAAAUUCCCAAUGCCCUUGGAUCCUUGACCUCUUUAAAGUUUUUAUCGUUCAGGGCAAAUCUGCUAAAUGGCUCAUUGAUAGAUGGAGGCUUCUGUAAGUUGAGAAACCUUCAAGAGUUGGAUUUGGAAUCGAAUAGUUUUGAAGGAAGAAUACCUUUAUGUCUUGGCAAUUUGACAUUCCUUCGUGCCCUUAAUAUUCAAUUAAAUUUCUUGAUCGGAACACUUCCUUCUGCCAUUUUUCCUACUCUAAAUUUACUUGAAUAUCUCUCCCUUUCUUCCAACUACUUUGAAGGUUAUUUUUCAUUCAACUCAUUGGGAAACAAUUCCAAACUUGACAUCUUUGAACUUGAAAACAGUCAUAGUAACUUGACAGUAAACACAGAAAACCCACCUUGGAUGCCCAAGCCUCAGAUAAAAAUAUUUCGAUUGUCAAACUGUAAUCUCAAUCAACCUGGCGGGAAUCUACCUAGUUUCCUAUUGAAGCAACGUGAGUUGAGAGUCCUUAACCUUGACCAUACAGGGGUGACAGAAAUAUUUCCAACAUGGUUGUUCAUCAAUAACUCAAAUAUGGAAUUCCUGCGCCUAGUAGGCAAUUUCAUAAUAGGACCUUUGACAUUUGACGACCAUCAAUCAAAGAAUGAACAUCUCACUUUUUUAGAUGUUUCUAUUAAUCAAAUCCAAGGGGUACUUCCAUACUCUAUAGGCGUUUUGUUUCCAAAUCUGAAGAUUUUGGACAUGUCUAUGAAUGCUAUACAAGGGGGUAUUCCUCCCUCUCUAGGGGAAUUGAAACAACUAGAAUGGUUAAAGUUGUCAAAUAAUAAUUUCUGGAGAACUGCUAAAAGAAUUUGUGAAGGGAUGUAUCAAUCUGCAAAUCUUGGAUUUAGCAAACAACAAUUUGCAAGGUCAAGUUCUUCCUACAAAUUCAAACAUGAGCAGCCUUGAGUAUUUGGGUUUGGCAAACAACCGCUUUUUGGGUGAGCUCUCUCGAGGCCUACUAAAUAGCAUGUCUUUGAAGUUGUUAGAUUUGAUCAACAACUCAAUUACAAGCGAAAUUCCUGACUGAAUUGGAUACCUUUCACAACUCCGCUCUAUAGUUUUGCCAAAUAAUUUUCUACAAGGUCCUAUACCAAUGAGCUUUUGCAAGGUGAAGGAAUUGAGCUUUUUAGACUUAUCUAAGAAUAAAUUUACUGAGACUAUACCUGCUUGUUUGAAUGUCUCAUCACUGAGAUACUUGCAUUUGGAAGGCAAUGAAUUUACUGGAUUCGUGCUGAAAGUUUUGUCUGAAGCUUCUGCACUUGUGACACUAGACAUGAGAAACAAUAACUUAAUUGGCAGAAUUCCUAGUUGGAUAAGUUCACUCUCAAAUUUGAGGUUUCUUCUUCUGGGAGGAAAUCAACUCGAAGGUUCAAUUCCUCCCCAACUCUGCUACCUUAAGAAUGUUAGCAUGCUUGAUCUUUCCUCAAAUAAUCUUUCUUCCUUUUUGCCUUCUUGCCUGCAUAAAGUACUGUUUGGGAGCAAAAUAACAUUUGAUGAUGUCACAGUUUGGCUUAAUUCAUACGAAUGGUCUUCUGAUUAUCCUCUUAGUACAUACUCGUAUGAAAGCCAACUUCAAAUAGACCCACGCGUGGAGUCCUAUGAUGCAACUACAGAUUAUGAAGAACAAGUGGAAUUUAUAACAAAAAGUAGGUCUGAAUUAUACACAGGAAAGGUAUUGAAGUACAUGUCUGGAAUUAAUCUUUCAUUCAACAAUUUUACUGGUCCAAUUCCUAAUGAAAUUGGGUUUUUGAGUGAUAUCCGCGCUUUGAACUUAUCACACAAUCAGUUCACAGGCUUUAUCCCAACUACAUUCUCCAACUUAAAGCAGAUAGAAUGUUUGGACCUCUCUCACAAUAAAUUGAACGGCCAAAUACCUCUAGAAUUGAUAGAAAUGACCUUUCUGUCAAAAUUUUCUGUGGCAUUCAACAAUUUAUCAGGGAAAAUACCAGACAAGAAGCAGUUCUUAACAUUCGACAACAGCAGUUAUGAAGGUAACCCUUUACUUUGUGGACAACUGUUAAGAGAAAGUUGCAACAACAGCUCUAGCAUUGAGCCAUCUUCAAAGCCAAUUAUAGAGAGUGACCCUUUCAAAGAUACAUUUGUGUGGAGUUUAAUAGCAUCAUAUAUUGUAGCAUUUAUAGCUUCCUUUAUUAUUUUUCUAUGUUGUACCGACUAUUCAGAACGAUUACUUAUGUAUGUUCGGGCAAAAUUUGUAGUUUUCUCUUUCUAAUUUGUGUGUUAGUUAAUAAAAGUCUAUGUAAUAUGGUAAUAAAUUUUCUUUUCAAUAAUCUAAAUCUAUUUUCUUUUA